AUGGUAUUAUCAUCAUCAGCAGCAGCACUGCUCCCCUUAGCGGCAGCCCUCGCGUCAUACGCGGUUGCAUCGGAGACCCAAGCGCCAUUGCGCUGGGCGCAAACGUGCCCAUGGACACCGCUGGACGAGUCGCUGUUGGAAUGCUCGAUCUGGGACCUCACGACGGCAGAGACGAAAGGUGAAGAGAAGGACUUGGACCAAGAACGGAGGCGAACGAACGGAACGACGGACCCAGAACCGGAGCCGGUGGGCUGGACAGGCCCGCACGGGUGUGCGGGCAACUACUGCCUGUACGCCAACCGCGGCUUCGCUGACGGGCGCGGCAUCGUCAUCAUCUCGACACCGGAAAACGUCCAGAAAGUGAGGGACCUGGAGCAAAACCUACAGAGCCAGCCUCUCGAGGAGGACCCGUCGUCGGGGGCACCGCCGUUCGAGAUUAAGGAGGUCGAGGGCAAAGGCCUGGGCAUGAUCGCCAACAAGACUCUCGCAAGAGGCGAUAACGUCAUGCUCAAGACGCCCGUCCUCCUUGCCCACCGCGCCUUCAUCGAACGCACCCCGGCGGCGGACCGGCACGCGCUCCUCGACGCCGUCGCGGGCUUUCUCCCGCCGGCGACGCGGGCCGGCUUCCUGAGCCAGAUGGGCCACUUUGGCGGACACCAGGUCAGCGAUAUCAUGGCGACCAACUCGUUCCAGAUGGACGUCGGCGGCGGCGCGCAGGACGACGGCCACCACUACGGUAACUACCCCGAGGUGUCGCGGUACAACCACGACUGCCGGCCCAACGUGGCCUUCCGCAUCGGCGCGGACCUGCGCCACCGCACCACCGUCGUCCGGCCAGUGAAGCCCGGCGAGGAGCUUACCAUCGCCUACCUCGACCCCCUCGCCACCCGCUCGGUGCGGCAGCACCGCGCCAAGCGGGCGUGGGGCUUCGAGUGCGGGUGCUCGCAGUGCGGGCUGGCCAAGAAGCAAGCGGCGGCGUCGGACGCGCGGCUGCUCGAGAUCGAGGAGCUCGACAGGCUGCUCUCGGAUGUGUCGGCGAUGGUGACGUCGGCCACGGUCGAGCGGUUCCUGAAGCUGCACGCGGAGGAGAGACUGGAGGCCAAGCUGGCCGGGGCGUACACCACCGCGGCGCUCAACUUCAACCUCUUGGGCAAGAACAAGAUGGCGGCCAAGUACGCCAGGUUGGCGGUUGAGGCGGGGACGAUCGAGAAUGGCUCAGAGUCGGAGGACGUCGAGGCCAUGAAGGCGCUGGCGGCUGACCCGAAGAAGCACUUCACCUGGAGGGGGAGAGUCCGGUGA